UCAUUUUAUGAAAGAGACAGUAAUGAAACAUUUAACUGAUUCAACUUUUAAAAAUGAUGAAUCAGAUUUAUUGCAUUGUCUCUUCUCAGAAUGCUACUGUGCUAGCGACGUAAUUGCAAUACAUUUGUCCGCUCCAGGUUGGAUAUAUUUCAAGUUUCUUGCAAAUACCAGAAGAAAGGUCACAAAUUACUUUGCAGUUCUGAAGAAAUUAUACUAUAAUGGAACAAGCAAACAGAAACGCAAACUUCAGCAAGCUUAAAAUUAUUAAGAAUUUAACAGUUUUAUCAAUAGCAUUCCUGUUACUUUAUACAGCUUAUAAUGGGCUUACCAUGUUACAAUCUACUAUGAACAAAAUACAAGGAAUUGGAACAACUGGUCAAGCAGUCCUUUACAUCUCUUACGGAAUAUCAUCACUGUUGAUUUCCAGCUAUGCUAUCAAGAAACUUGGAAUAAAAGUUGCUCAGAUUUUAGGCAUGGUUUUGUAUUUACCCUACAUUGCAGCAAACUUUUAUCCAGCGUGGAUUACCAUCAUACCGUCAGCAGUAUUACUGGGAAUAGGAUCCACCCUGAACUGGGGUGCACAGUGUACGUAUUUCAAUGAAUGUGCUGCUCUGUACAAUAAAAUCGUGAAUAAAAGUCGAACUUUGAAAAGUAUAAAUUUUGAACAAGUUUAUAUGAGUGCUACACCUAACAAUUAUGCAUCAAAUGUACAAAUGUCAGAAAAUCAGCCACCAUACGCGGAAGGAGCAAAGCAAAUUUUAAAUAAAGAGGAUAAGAAAUCCAGUUCCUAUUCUAUAAAUACUAGUCCUUUACACUCCAAGAAUACAAACAAUGAUACAUCAGAAAGUCUUGAUGUAAAUGACAGUCAGUCUUCGAAAAAAAUAAAAAAGGAAACCAGUUCUGUUCAAGGCCCCGGAGAAACAUUUACCAGAAUUAAAAAUGAUACUAAUAUAUCAAAAUCCUUAAAAAAUACGCCACUAGAUGGAAAAAAUGAUGUACCUUUUUCUACCCUGGAACGAGAUACACAGAAAAAACCAAAAUCUCUUAGUUCUACUAAUGCUUUGUUCUUCGGAUUUCACGGCAUGGCAUAUUGUUCUUCUCAAAUCUGGAGUAAUUUAAUAUGCUUCUCCGUCCUCAGUUACGGAAUCACUGAAAACUUUAAUAAAACUCUAAACUGCUCGUGCGGAGCUGGCUUUUGCGAUACUGACGAAGAAUGUGUUGACGAAAGCAUAGAAGAAGUGCCAACAGACACAAGACAUUUUCUCACUCUUCUUUGUGUUGUGUGUGGAGCGAUAGGAGCAUUAUCUGUUUGGCUAUUUUUGGAUCCAAUGGACAAAAGGGAGGAAAAAGUAACUUUUUCGUUUGACGAGUUUUUAGUCACAAUAAGGUACAUUAAGAAGAAAGAACAGCUUUUUAUGAUUCCAUUAACGAUUUUAGGAGGAAUGAUUCAAGCAUUUUACACGGCUGAUGUAACAAAAGCUUACAUUGCUUGUGCCUGGACAUUAUCACAAGUUGGAAUGGUCACUGUGUUCUACGGUGUAUCCUCUGCUUUGUCAUCUCUGCUUUCUGGUGUAUUAAUUAAGUACCUAGGAAGAAUACCAGUUGUAUUUAUGUGUCAAAUUCUCAACGUAGCAAACUUGAUUUUCUUACUUCUAUGGAAACCAAGCUCAGAGGCUUCUUUCACGUUCUAUAUAGAAGGUGCGAUAUUUGGUUUUAUAGUUGGAGUUUUCCACACACAAACUAAAGCUCUUUACGGAACAUUCUUUGAGGGAGAUGAAGAAACAGCAUUUUCGAGUUGCAACAUGUACAGCUCCAUAGGAUGGUCACUGCCCUUUCUCUACAGUUUGUUUAUCUGCACUUCAGUGAAGAUAUAUAUUUUGCUUACACUAUCUUGUGUAGGAAUAGUAGGGUAUUUACUAUCGGAAAGAAGCUUCACCUUGAGGAACAAAGAACUCAAAAGUUCGGACAUACCAUCACAAUCUUAUAUUAGAGAAAUCUGAAUAAUUCAGAUAUAUUUUAACUAUAAUUUUUAUUUUAUACAUAAAAUGCAUACAUCCCACCUUGCCAACAGAUGGCAUAUCCUAUUUUAGUGAAAGGCGAUUGAAAAUGCCAUGCCCAUACUGAAUAUAUUUUCCGAUCCUCGAAUGAUUGGAAUUUUAAUUAAGGUAAAAAGAAAUUAUAAGUAAUGAGUUACUAAAAAACCCGUCAUUUUUCCACAUUAAAGUGUCAAAUGAACAAUGAUUUCUUUAGUGGUAAAAUUGGAAAAUAUUUUGAACUAUACAAAAGGUCUCAAAACGACCUUACAAAUGUAUUGUUUCUAGGAAUUAAUUAAGCAUUUUUCGGCGAGUACUUAAUACUUCCCAUUUUUGGCACUAAAGCAUUUACAACUUCUACGUAAUAUUCAUUUAUAUGAAUUGUAAUUGACGAAAAUGUCAUCCCUUAUUUCUUUCUCUCACAAUUAGUGAAGAAACAACUGAUAUACUUCUCAAAAUAUGUGAAUUUUGGAUGAAUAUCAAAGAAAAGAGCUUAGUGCUGCUAAAUUUCCGAAGAAAUCGAUGCUUACUCCCUUAUUAAUGAAUAUUCUCAUGAAUUUUCAAUGAAUAUUUUAUUAUUAUUAUAGAAGUCAUGAUAAAGAGAUGAGGUAGGCAUUGUGGAAAUUCCUUUCUUGAUAAUUAUGAGGGGAAGAAAUGUGAAUUUGGUAAUUCAAAAUUGAAAUAAUGUCUGUUUUAUUCUGUAACUUAUGUAUAAAGCAUGCGUUAAAGAAUCUGCAUUCAGAACGCACUGAUUUCUACUUCUGGUUGCGGAUUUAAGAAAUAAAAAAGUUAACACUAUGCUCAAUUCCAGUCGUUAAUGUGUUAAAUAAUAACUUAUUGAAUACUUUAGCUAAUCCCUGUCCGUGUUUACUUUCUGUUUAUGAUUAUUGAAAAGCUUGGAUUCUGGAUAACUAAAUUUCAAUAUCUCUUGGAGUUA